CGCGCGCUCUCGUGGCCUGCUGUCCCGGCGGCGCCAACCGAAGCGCCGUGCCCGUGCCGACAUGCUACGCUGCACUCUGUUCUGCCUGGCCCUGGCCGCGCUAGUCCGCGCGGGCACCGGCGCCCCCGACGAGGAGGACCACGUCUUGGUGCUCAAUAAGAGCAACUUCGAGGAGGCGCUGGCGGCCCACAAGUACCUGCUGGUGGAGUUCUAUGCCCCGUGGUGUGGCCAUUGCAAGGCUCUGGCCCCGGAGUAUGCCAAAGCAGCUGGGAAGCUGAAGGCAGAAGGUUCCGAGAUCAGACUGGCCAAGGUGGAUGCCACCGAAGAGUCUGAGCUGGCCCAGCAGUAUGGCGUCCGUGGCUACCCUACCAUCAAGUUCUUCAAGAAUGGAGACACAGCUUCCCCCAAAGAAUACACAGCCGGCAGAGAAGCCGAUGAUAUUGUGAACUGGCUGAAGAAGCGCACAGGCCCUGCCGCCAGCACGCUGUCUGAUGGGGCUGCCGCAGAGGCCUUGGUGGAGUCCAGCGAGGUGGCAGUCAUCGGCUUCUUCAAGGAUGUGGAGUCGGACCCCGCCAAGCAGUUCUUGCUGGCAGCAGAGGCCAUUGAUGACAUCCCCUUCGGGAUUACAUCUGACAGUGACAUGUUCACCAAAUACCAGCUGGACAAGGACGGGGUUGUCCUCUUUAAGAAGUUUGAUGAAGGCCGGAACAACUUUGAGGGGGAGGUAACCAAGGAGAAGCUUCUGGACUUCAUCAAGCACAACCAGCUGCCCCUGGUCAUCGAGUUCACUGAGCAGACAGCCCCAAAGAUCUUCGGAGGGGAAAUCAAGACGCACAUCCUGCUGUUCCUGCCAAAGAGCGUGUCUGACUACGAGGGCAAGCUGAGCAACUUCAAAAAAGCUGCUGAGAGCUUCAAGGGCAAGAUCCUGUUUAUCUUCAUCGACAGCGACCACACCGACAACCAGCGCAUCCUGGAGUUCUUCGGCCUGAAGAAGGAGGAGUGCCCAGCUGUGCGCCUCAUCACGCUGGAGGAGGAGAUGACCAAGUACAAGCCAGAGUCAGACGAGCUGACGGCGGAGAAGAUCACCGAGUUCUGCCACCGCUUCCUGGAGGGCAAGAUCAAGCCCCACCUGAUGAGCCAGGAGCUGCCUGAUGACUGGGACAAGCAGCCUGUCAAAGUGCUGGUCGGGAAGAACUUCGAAGAGGUCGCUUUUGAUGAGAAAAAGAACGUCUUUGUGGAGUUCUACGCCCCGUGGUGUGGUCACUGCAAGCAGCUGGCCCCCAUCUGGGAUAAGCUGGGAGAGACGUACAAGGACCACGAGAACAUCGUCAUUGCCAAGAUGGACUCCACGGCCAACGAGGUGGAGGCAGUGAAAGUGCACAGCUUCCCCACGCUCAAGUUCUUCCCCGCCAGCGCCGACCGGACGGUCAUCGACUACAACGGGGAGCGGACGCUGGACGGUUUUAAGAAGUUCCUGGAGAGCGGCGGCCAGGACGGGGCUGGGGGUGAUGACGACCUAGAAGAUCUUGAAGAAGCAGAGGAGCCUGAUCUGGAGGAAGACGAUGACCAGAAAGCUGUGAAAGAUGAACUGUGAUGCAGAAAGCCAGGCCUGGGCUCCCAGACCCGGCCCCGCAGUGGCUGCACCCCCAGCAGCACAGCCUCGGGAUGCCCGCAGACCCUCCCGGAGAGGGAGCGUCGAUUGGAAAUGCAGGGAACUUUUCUGAAGCCACACUUCACUCUAACACACGUGUAAAUCUAAACCCGUCUUCCUUUGCUUUUCAACUUUUGGAAAGGGGUUUAUUUCCAGGCCAGCCCAGCCCAUCUUGGUGGGCUUUUUGUCUUUUUUUUUUUUUUUUUUUUUUAAUUGUGGUGUACUUUUUUGUACAUGGUUUUGUCCAGAGUGCUCGCUAAAAUGUUUUGGAAUCUCACGCUGGCAAUGUCUCAUUCCUGUUAGGUUUAUACUAUCACUUUAUAAAAAAUUCCAUCUGUGGGAUUUUUAGACAUUUUUGGACGUCAGGGUGUCUGUUCCACCUUGGCCAGGCCUCCCUGGGACUCCUGUCCCCUGUGUGGGGCGGGACCGGGCCGAGCUGGACAGGUCCCUCACCUCAUGUGAUGUCAUCGUGGUGGAGCGCGGCUCCCACGUUGUUUGGUUACGUGGAGACUUCAGGUCUCUGUCACACGGGCGUCCCCCAUGUCUGGAGGGUGCGGCUGGGCCCAGGACAGGACCGGCAGCUCCCUCCUUCCCCGAGCCAGGGUCCUCAUUGCUCUGUGACAUCCAGGGUGGCCUGAGGCCUGCACCAGGCAGAACUAGGACCCUCCGUCUCCAGGCUUGGAGACGCCAAGGAUGCCUGAGCCGAAUCACAUGUUGACAGUUCUUCAGGCAUUUCUACCACAAUGUUGGAAUUGGACAUAUUGGCCAAAUAAAGUUGAAAUUUUC